GGCAGACCCCGAAGCCGCUAUAGUAAACUUCCACUGAGAUGCAAGUUGACUUCUUCAGUCACAAGUCUCUGUUCAACUUCUUUUAUUCGCCAACAUCCACAACAACUUCACUCGAUCUUUCACCGCCGCUUCCUCAAAAUGGUACGCAUAAAGGAAAGGUAUCUCCUUGUCAGCAUUGUUUACCUGCCAGACCCUGCAAAGGCUGCAAAAUCAGAUUUACCAGGCUUUGUUCUUAACCACCAGCCAACCGUCGAAAAGCUCACUCCUGGUGCACUUAUCAGGGGUAUCAAGGCUGAAGUCGCGUCACUUUAUGGCGACUGUGGAUCUGGAGCUUUACUGAACUGCUCAGUAAAAUACUUGUCCCUCGCAACCUCAACUUUUAUCCUACGAUGUUCAAGGGCUCACUAUCAAAUGCUCUGGUCAACAUUGACCUUUAUGGAUCAUGUUCCCGUCAAAGACGGACGGCCGUGUAUCUUUCGCGUUGUACGUGUCAGUGGGACAAUUCGCAAAGCUGAGGAAGAAGCCAUUCGUCAGGCCAAGAGACUCAUCCUUGCUGCAAAGGAAGACACGGACUCCCAAUCUUCUCUCAGCCUUUCGCUGCGUAAUCAGGACGAAAUGAUUCUGGACGCCAACGACGUGUCGAGUGAUGAAGAAAUGGAUGAUGCGGAUUGAUGAACGGGUAUCAUUUUUUUCUAACUACCUUGAUCCCACUGUCCUUUGGGACUGUCAUAUCUCCAAAGUCAGGGUCCAUUCCACCCGCUGGAGCAAAUGGUUCGCUUUGGUCCAGCUCCAUGGCCUGUUCUUCUUGAAUACGAGCCUGCUCCUCCUCUGCCUCACGCUCCAUUUGGUCAUAUUCCGCCUUUUGAUCAAUCCAGCGCUCCUGGAUAUCCUGCACCUCUAACAUAGACGACUCACUCCUCAUGGCGACCGCCCACACUGUGUCGUUGGCACCUUCAGCACCACCAAAGACGUAUCCACCGGCACGAUCAAUGACACGAAGAAUGUGCAUCAUGCUUUUCUUGUUUUCAACCGCCAGGACCUCGUAACGCACCAGACCGUAGCUCUCGAUCAGAUUUGCGAUAGCCUCGUUCAGCUUGCCAAACUUUUCGCUCCUCAAAGCUGGCGAUUCUGAUUCGAGAUGGGGCGUUAAAUAUGUCAAGUCGUCUACGUCUGUGUAAUAGUCGAGGUUGAACGGGAGCUCGUCAUACUCUGAGACUUUGUCGAUCUUCGAGAGGAUGUUUAUAUGCGGCAUGUCCAUCUGGAUCAUGGCUCGGAGGGAAAGGAGGACGUUCGACACGUAUAGUGAGGGUUGCGUUAGACAGAAAGAAUCCGAGAGGUGGACGCAGACAAGCUAUGCGCGGUCAGUCGCUGGGUUUCCAUGGAGGGAGUCUACCAACCCUGUACCCAAUCUUCUGGAGUUUGUAGAAAAUAUUCCGUAGGGAGUUGUGGUGUGUGUAUAGUUCCACCUGUCCCGGACAGUCAAAAAGAACGUAAUCUUCACUGAAUUCUUUCAGUCCCUCUUCCAA